AUGUCCACGCUCGAAGGCGCAGUACCCAUCGGACUGGGCAUCACCAAGCUCCGGCUCUGGGACGAGUUGCACCGCGCACAUUGCGAGACCAUGCAGCAAGAAAGCCACGCUUCGUCCUCGCGAUCUGCCCAAGGUGCCUCUGACCUCAACUCAGCCACAGCCACAACGUCCUGCCUCGCUAGCUUGAAAGAUCUCUGCUCGAGUCGCCUCUCACAGUUAUAUCCGCCCCACAACGACCGUCAAGAUCCUGCACAUGUACCGAGUCAUGCAAAGAAACGAAGGGUGGAACCACCGGCAUCCUUGCCACCAGCCGAUACUAUCGACAGGUCACUCAAUGCGGAAGUGGACCAAACCCGGCACUCCGACUAUCAAAAUCCAAUAUCAGACUGGUUCAUGUCGAGUCCCCACGGCGUCGGCUGCUCAACGAUCGAUGACGCAGACUCGACGUCGAGCAAGGUGACAGGCGCUAUGACAGACAAUCAAGGCGUCCUCAUCCCCCCACCCCCACCCAAACCCGGACCAACCCGACGCAAGCCGCCUCCUUUGGUCGCACGUAUCAGAGCCAAAGCUCGCCGUGCCAAGAGGAAACAGCAGAAAGCCGAGUAUCGGCGUCGCCUUUUCCUAGCACAUCUGGUUCAGGUUACGCGAGAAGCUCGCCAGCGAAACGCUCGGAAACCGUCGACAAUUUCCAGCUCGGCUGUGCGAAUCACAAAGACCCUUAUUGGGAAGCAAGCAAUACAACAGGCGUGGGUGCUGUUUCCGGAGUGCCACGGUGUCGAUCUAACAAGCUUUGUCGAGACGGUAUUCGACACGGAUGUGCAGUCUUCCGAAAUCACUCCACCGUCCGAGAUUUCGGACGACGACUUGGCCAUAGCCACCAGAACGGAAAUCGAGAAUCGAAAGAGGCUGGGAGGCGCUGACGUAAAAGUGGCCAAGGGGGUGUUUCGAUGGAUGGUGGCGAGAGACUUUGCUCAGCGCUGGCCUCAAAAGAUGCAGCACGUGCGCGACAAUCCUUGGCCUGGGCUCGAGCAUGUUUGGGGCUCGCCAUCUAGUCUGGCACACGAGCAAGGGGAGAAGAAGAACGGUGAUGCGAAUGGAGAAAUGGUAGAGGAGCCGUUCCGUUGGCAAAGUGGCCGACGCAGUAGAUUCAUCAGAAAGAAGGAGGGAAAGGUCUCGAAGGGGCGGACUGCGGAAGAAGAGAGCUCAAACAUCGAACAUACUGCUAACAGCACCUCGGGAGUGCAAAAGGGAGGAAACGAGACCGUCACCAUAGGUAUCGUGCGCUCAGAAGACCUCGCGGACGUUAAGCCAGGGAGUCUGUGGCGCAGGCCCAAUUAA